CUCCUGUGCGAAUGCAUGCAGGGCCUGAGCUCGCCGUACCAGCUGGGCGGCGGCGGCGGCGACGGCGGUGUGGGCUCCGGCAGCUCCAGCUCCAAGCAGCGGCACCAGGCCAGCGUGCAACAAAAAGAAAGGAGCAGCAUAUUUCCAGAAGAGCCUGGCCAGCUGCUACAUGGCGAUGCCACGAGGAAGAGAGGACGUCCCGACCAGGACGAAGACAUCUGCGAGGAAGCAAUGACGAAGGACCUGCGGAGCAGGGGGCUCUGCCUCGUCCCAGUGAGCUGCGCGCCGGACUUCGGCGCCGACGUGGGGCCGGCUGACUACUGGACGGUGGCGCCGCCUUUCGGGAUGGGGUUCGGCCGGUAGAUGCUCGUCGAAGCUGCCGGAACUGGCCAGGGGGGUCCGUCUGGGAGUACCGGGAUACAUAUAUACCUGUCUUGCAUGCAUGGGCUGCAUCGCGUCGACAGCAGCCAUCCUGCUGAAAAAUUCUUGAUGUACAUUCGUAAUGUUGGAUCCAAGAGAGGAUAGUAUAACUGGUAGUUUGCGACCUGAUCGAAGUAGAGAUUGGUCAAAGUGCAUCGAUCAGGCAGGUGCUAGAGACUACUUAGCGUACGCUGUAUCAUCAAUUCUUCAGAUACCUAGCUAGAACCACCUUCGGAAGUCUUGUAAGUGUUCUCACCUGCUUAUUAGUACAUGUCUGGAAUGGUCUGGUUGGUUGUAUUGUA